GUUCACGAUGCUUUCAUAUUCUGGCUACAGGUUGAUGAAGACAAGUUUAACACUACAACGAACUGCGCCCAUUACACAAUACGCGAGGAAUGUAGUAUCAUCUUAUCCGAGUUCCAAAUCGACUGGUCAAGUGUCCAGUGGACUGACCUCCUGAAGCCUCUGUACUCCGGCCUAGCAGCGUCCCUAUAUCUCAAACUGCAAGGGGCUGACCCAGCCCCUGGCGACCUAGCCGGCCAAGCAUCUUUGUGGAAAAGUUAUUUCCAACCAACUCAGAACCUGACAACGUAUACAACAAAGAUCCAACAGAAAGAGAGUACGGCGGACGACUCUUGUGACUACAAACCCAUCGACAUUGUCUUCAUCAUUGAUGAAUCGGGAAGCGUCGGCUCUUCAAACUUCGCUAAAAUACUCACUUUCCUAACGGAAGUAGUCGACGAUCUGAACAUCGGAUCUACAGCUGUGCAGGUUGGUCUCGUCAAGUUCCACACAAGGGCAACUCUUGAAUUCUACCUAGGAACACACUCGACAAAAACAUCUCUGAAGUCCGCCAUUUUGAACACCCGAUAUCGAAGUGGAGGGACCAGCAUUGGGGCAGGAAUUCAGCAUGCAGACAAGUAUGUCUUUCCUAUUUUAUAUGGUGGCAGAAAGGACGCAACAAAAAUAGCCAUUCUGGUCACAGACGGAGUGUCAUCCUCUGCUACAUUUACUAAGCAGGCGGCCGAUGAUGCGAAGGCUAAUCACAUUAGGAUAUUUGCUGUGGGGAUAGGGAAUAUCAACAUUGCAGAGUUGAACUCUGCUGCCAGUGAUCCAGACUGCACGCAUGUCUCCGUUCUCACCAAUUUCAAGCAGAUUGACGACAUCAUUUAUGAAAUCAAGAAAAGUGCAUGCAGGGGUAGGUAUUUUAUUUCAACGUUUUAACGUAUUAACUACUGUAUACCGGAGCAUGUUUGCCA